AUGGCUUCGUAUCGACAUCAAUGAGGAAGACGAGUAGGAGAGGGCAUUGAGUUUUUUCAAAGAGAGAGGAUUUUAUUCCUGGUAAUUUUUUAUCAUUUUCUCCUCUUUCCUUUUUGCUGCAAGAGAAGAGAGGGAGAGACCAGAUUAGAACAGGAAGACUCUUGGAGAGAGCUUUGGACCCUCUCUUCUCCUCCAAUCAAUGGCGGAAUCGCACUCUCCUACAUCGCCUUCUCCUCCCAAACCCUUUCCUUUCGUUCCGUAAAACGCCCUCCAACCUCUUUCUUCUUCAAACCUCCCUUCCAUUUCCUUCCAUCGCACCUAAAUUUAGGAGCUUUCCAAAUUUUUUCCUCCUUGCAUCCCUUUUCCUCUUCAAUCUCUCAGAAAGUUUCGAUCUUGGUAGAGUUUUCGGAGAAAAAAAAGAAAAAAUCUCGUCUUGUGGAGGGUUGAAGUUUUAUUUCUAGAUUCUAGAAGGGAUUGCUCGUGACUAAACUCGACUUCUGGCCGGCUUGUAGCAAUCUCAAGGAAAUCUUUCUUCUCUCUUGUCAAUAGUCUUCUUAUCUCCGAACACGAGCUGGGUCAAGUUCCUCUGCCCAAAGAUCUUGAAAAGAUUGGAUCUUGGCGAAGGUUUCGUCGGUUUUCCAUAGUAAAGCCUUGGAAAGAUCUGAUUUUUGACCCCUCCGGCUCCUCGAUUCAAUGGGAAAUUGCUGUGCUGCUCCAGCGGCAGGCAAGAGGAAGCCGAAGCAGAAGAAGGGGAAGCGGCCGAACCCCUUCUCAUUGGACUACAACCGGUCCCCCACCCCCGCCGGGCCCAAGCUCACUGUCCUGAAGAACCCCACCGGCCGGGACAUCGGCAGCCGAUACGAGCUCGGCGAGGAGCUCGGCAGGGGAGAGUUCGGAGUCACCUACCUGUGCACCGAUAAGUCCACCAGCGAGACCUUCGCCUGCAAAUCGAUAUCAAAGAAGAAGUUGAGGACCGCCGUCGACAUCGAGGAUGUGAGGAGGGAGGUGGACAUCAUGAGGUAUUUGCCCAGCCAUCCUAAUAUAGUGAGCCUCAAGGACACAUACGAGGAUGAUAACGCCGUUCACCUCGUCAUGGAGCUCUGUGAGGGAGGGGAGCUUUUCGAUCGGAUCGUCGCGAAGGGGCACUACACUGAGCGGGCGGCAGCGGCAGUCACCCGGACCAUCGUCGAGGUCGUGCAGAUGUGCCACAAGCAUGGGGUGAUGCAUCGGGACCUCAAACCAGAGAACUUCUUGUUUGCUAACAAAAAGGAAACAUCCACACUGAAAGCAAUUGAUUUUGGGUUGUCAGUAUUUUUCAGACCAGGUGAGCGCUUUUCGGAAAUUGUGGGCAGUCCUUAUUACAUGGCUCCAGAGGUUCUAAAACGAAAUUAUGGUCAAGAGAUUGAUGUUUGGAGUGCAGGAGUGAUCCUUUAUAUCCUGCUUUGUGGUGUACCACCAUUUUGGGCAGAAACUGAACAGGGAGUAGCACAGGCGAUUAUUCGCUCCGCUGUAGAUUUUAAAAGAGAACCAUGGCCGAGAGUUUCUGACAAUGCUAAAGAUCUUGUCAAACGGAUGCUUGUUCCUGAUCCUAAGCGGAGGUUAACUGCUCAAGAAGUUCUUGAUCAUCCUUGGUUGCAGAAUGCCAAAAAGGCUCCAAACGUUAAUCUAGGUGACACUGUUCGAUCAAGACUCCAGCAGUUCUCUGUGAUGAACAAGUUCAAAAAGAAAGCUCUUAGGGUAGUGGCUGAGCAUUUAUCUGUGGAGGAAGUAGCUGACAUAAAGGAAAUGUUUCAAAAGAUGGACAUAAACAACAAUGGUAGAGUUACAUUUGAGGAGCUGAAGUAUGGUCUUCAUAAGCUGGGACACCAAGUUCCUGAUUCAGAUGUUCAGAUAUUAAUGGAAGCUGCGGAUGUCGAUGCGAAUGGGACCCUGGACUAUGGAGAAUUUGUUGCCAUGUCAAUUCACAUAAGAAAGAUAGGAAAUGAUGAGCACCUGCACAAAGCUUUUGCAUAUUUUGAUAAGAACAGGAGUGAGUAUAUAGAAAUUGAAGAGCUCAGAGACUCCUUGGCUGAUGACUUGGGUCCAAAUCAUGAGGAAGUUAUCAAUGCAAUUAUCCAUGAUGUAGACACAGACAAGGAUGGGAGAAUAAGCUAUGAGGAGUUUGCAGCAAUGAUGAAGGCAGGAACUGAUUGGAGGAAGGCAUCUAGGCAGUAUUCACGUGAGCGGUUUAGCAGCCUCAGCUUGAAGCUGCAGAAAGAUGGUUCCUUGCAGCUAAAAAACGAGCAUGGAUGAAACGAGAAGACAAUGCAGAUCUUGUGAAUUGCAUACCAGAAAAGUUACCUCUUUUUUUUUUUUUUUGGUGUGUAUAUUCUUUCUUAAUUUUCUUCUUUGCAUUUGGGACUAAAAUUCUUUCUACUUUUUUCCUGUUAGUAGGUGAUGGGUGAGGUUUGUGUUUUUUAAUCUUAUACAACUUGCUGUAUGUACUGCAUUUCAGCAGAGAAUGUCUUAGAAAAAGAAAAGAGGAAAAACAAAGACAAAAAGGGAGCUAGUAGAGCUCUUGAUUGUAAAUGUGGAUGUUUUUUCAGUUUAAGCUCACAAUGUUGCAUGACUCGGCUUCUGAUUGCAUCCA